AUGUCAUUGUCCGCCUCCCUCUGGCCGAUGCGGACGGUGGGCUCCGUGAUGCAUGAAUCCCCAAAGCCGCCGUACCGCAGCGUGGAACGGCAGCCCCAGCAGAGGCGGCUGCACAACUGCCGUGGAUCUUGCGCCGCAGAGGUGCUUGUCUCUCCCAGCACCACUUUCCAACCGCUGCGGACGACACCCAGUGGGAAAAAGGAGUUUAUGCCUACGCUGAAUUCGCUUAUGAAACCCGCAUUUGAGGAAGCGGCCGAUACUUCUCGGGAUCUCCAAUCGUUCGAGAAGAGUCUGCGGCGCCUGCAGCGCCGAGGCUCCAAGGUGCCGAGCAGAAGGUGUCUAGACUCCUCUUUGUGCAGCGAGGACGACACGGGCGAGGUGUCGCGGGUAAGCCGUCCGGAAACGCCAGUGGAGGAGGAUUCGCUGCUUCCUCCGGUGCCACAGCCGCCACGAGCAGUGGUAGAGCUGCCACCACGCCUUUUCUCGAGCCUGCUGCUGCAGCAUAACAGCAUUGUGUCGCGCCUGCUCAAGCUGGGACGCGAGGAGGUGCUGCAGCGUUUAGAGAGCGAGGGACGACUUCUAGGAAUGCGUGAAGUGACCUCUCGGGAUCUGUUCUUCCUUCUCAGCUGCAUCUUCGAAGAGCGCACGCUGUGGAAAGACGACGUGGAGUACCUGUUCCGCUUCUUCGACUGGCGUGGACAGGGCUCGCUGGACUUCAAGGCACUUCUCGAUAGUGCUAGCCUCCUCUUUGCCCCCUCGGAGGUGCUGGCGGCUGUGCACUUCCGGCGCAUGCUGCGCGAGUGCGUGCUUGACGACAGCGUCGUCGCCGUCGCGGACGUCGAAGUGAUGCUCCGCGCACUUGUGCACAUUUUCGGCACGGAGGUGCCUGAGGUGGCGGCGCUCUGCGGGGAGGUGCGGCUCGCGGUGGAGGAUCUAACGCCGGCGUACACCGUGCCGGUGGCGACGCUGCGCGCGGAGGUGUGCCGCUUCCCGACGCUGCGCUGCUGCCUCGACGCCGUUGAGUGGGACGGCAGCAUCGACUGGUCGCAGCUGCCGAUCACUCGACCAGCGGACAACUUGGGCCUCUCGCAUGUGGAGCAGCAGCGCGAGCUGGUGCGUUCAGCCAUCGCGGAGGGGCGUGGACCGACUUCACCCCCUCCCAGCGAUCACGAGAACGACUGCUGCAUGGAUGUGUGCCACCCGCGCUUUGUCGCCGACAAACACCGCGUGCGUACGAGCACCGUGUAG